CAAAAGGCGGGUUGCGAUUGGCCCGCGUCCGACCGGCCGUGUGUUGGGAAACGCACAGGCAUCGUCGUACUACGGAGAAACUGCGAGCAAACAUACAAAACACCCUGAAGUUAUUGUAGAAUUUCGCAGAAGCAUUACCGAGAGUUGAAAUGGUCUUUGCAAUCGGAAUCCCCUUUUGAACCCAGAGGGAUGCAUGGCAUAGCAAAGAACAAACGGGCGUGGGAGGAACGAGAAGUUUGCGGAUGUGGCUCGUUUUGGACGCCCUGCUGAUCACCUGACGGAGGCGUGACUGCCGUGCCCAGAAAAGCUGUUGCCCCCAGUGAUCCGUCGCCAGUUAGCCUGCAGUGGAUUCUGCACCUGCAUGCGUCGGUGGUUACCAGCCAGAAUACUGUACAGUGCUGGGCUUGUAUCUGCAAGUAGUGUUGGUACUUGCCCAUUGUACAUUAGGAAUGGUGUGGAUAAAUUCUUGCUGGUUUCCAAAGAUUUUCCAGUGUAUCGAGGUAUGUCUACAACUAAACAUCGUGGGGAAACGCAAGAAAAUUUUCAUCAGGAAGACCAGCAAAUUUUGGGAAGUACUUCUUUCAAGUCAGAUAAAGAGGAUACCAGAAAGGAUGGUGUUUACAAGAGAGAACAUGCAAGUACUCUGAAAUCUGUCAUGGAUAAACAAGAGAAAGAUUCAAAUGGAAAACGAACAAGGGAAUUACUUUCACCUCUCCGUCCAUUACCAAAGAAGAAAGUCAAAGCAGGUCACACGUCACAGAAGACUUUUCUAAAAACUGCAAGCUUGGAUUUUAUACCACUUCCUCAAAGCCCUCAGAGAGAAAAGGAUGAACUUGAGGACUUCUUUGUGAUCGAUGUGGAACCCUCUGAUAAUUUCCCUCCAACUGUAAAAGCUACUAGUACACACUUGCCAGUACCAUCCACCAGCAGUAGUACAAUAAGUAAACAGGAGAAGGUAGUUAAAAGUAUAGAGCAUGAAUUGGUUAGCGGUUUGACUCCUGAUAAUGUAGCACCGCAUCUUCGAAAAAAAGAUACUUCAUCUCUUUUCCAGUGUGAAGCAGGACCAUCUAAACAAGAUGUUCCAAAGUUUUCUGAAAUUGUAAAAAGUAAAAGAAAAGAAUAUGUUCAAAGAAAACAUGAUGAAAUUGGAGACAUUCAAAUUUUAUAUGAAGGUCCACGUGAAAAACAUAAAGGACAGACAGUCAUGUGUAUAUCCAAGGACUUAGAGAAAGGAAGCAAGGAACUUCUGUCAGCUGAAAGGUCUCUCAUUCCAAAUCAGCAGUUGAGAAAUUGCCAUGUAGGCACAAAACAUGAACUUAAAGACAAUCCUAUAAAUGUAGAUCAAGAUGAAAUAGACUCAUAUGAAAAAGAUAGCUGUAAAGAAAGGAAGAAAGGAAAAAAAUCACUCAGAAGUCAAAGUAGAGAAACCAGUCCUGAUGUUCAAAAGGUGAAUGUGAUAGACCCAGAUGUAGUUGAAAUUGCAGAUGUCACACCUUCAGGCAGUAAGAAUGUAGACUUUGAAGUAAUUGAUGUCCUGGAUUCAGAGGAUGAUAAUCACCAAAGCAUGUCUGAUGAUGAAGGGCAAGUUAUGGAUGUUAGUAGUUCAGAUUUUAUAUCUUUACAAAAGUUGCGAGUUGCAGAUUUACAUAAUACAAAUAUUGAGAUUGAUGAUGCAACUUGGAAAUUAAGAAAAAAAUUAGAAGAUCUUCGUAAGUGGGACAUGACAGGUCUGGGUCAGGAAGUUUUGUUAGGAAGAGGUUGUAGGUCAGAUGAUACAAUUUUUACAGUUAUGUCAUAUAAUGUGUUGGCUCAGUCUCUGUUAACAGAUCAGAUGUCAUUGUACAGUUCAUGCAAACAUGAACAUUUAGCAUGGCAAUAUAGAUGGGCAUUACUUCAGCAUGAGAUCACUGAUUUAGACCCUGAUAUUCUCAUGCUGCAGGAAGUACAGUCAUCUCAUUACCAUACUUAUUACCUCCCAUGGCUCACAUUUAGAGGGUAUGAGGGGUUCUAUAAGAAACGAACUGGAACCAAAGCAGAUGGAUGUGCCAUAUUUUAUAAAACUAAUACUUUUUCUCUUAUAGAGCAUUGCAGUGUAGAGUAUCGUCAACCGAGUGCAUUUAAUGUUCUUGAUCGUGAUAAUGUUGGAUUAAUUGUAAAGUUAGCUCCUGUGAAAAGACCACAUGCUACACCUCUUUGUGUGGCUACAACACAUCUGUUAUAUAAUCCACGCAGAUAUGAUGUUAAACUGGCUCAGGCUGUUCUUCUUUUAAGUGAAAUUGAUCGUUUAUGCUUUGAAAGAGAAUUAGGCAAUAGAACACAGUAUUGCCCUGUUAUUAUUUCUGGUGAUUUUAAUGCAGAACCACACACUGCCCUGAUUGAUUUCUUUAAAAAGGGGAGACUACACUAUGAAGGUCUUGCCUCAAAAUCAUUAGCUCGACAUGGAGCCCUAGGUAAAAGUUUAGGGGCAGAACUUAUUCCUUCAAGUUUAGGUAUUACAAAUCAGUGUCAGCAUUCUGUUCUUGCCCAGAGUCGAUUUUUGGAUCAGAACAUUGGUCCGUUAUUUUCUCUUAACGAUAAGCGUCAAUUGGAACAAUCACUUAUUCAUUUACAUCACUCUGAUCGCAAAACAAAAGUAAAUGAUUCAAAGGCAAAAGUAGUUACUGGUCCACAGCCAAGUGGUUGGUUUACUCAUGGACUCAACCUCAAUUCAGUGUAUUCUAACCGUCUGAGUAGAUUAGGUGGUGCUCCAGAGGUUACUACUAAACAUGAUAGAGGUUGGACUACAGUGGACUAUAUAUUUUAUUCCCGUAUUUAUUCAGAUUCUUUUGCUCGUCCAAUUGAAGGAAACUUAAAGCUGUUGGCUCGAUAUGGUUUACUCUCUGGUUCUGAAGCACAACAGUUUUCUCCAUUACCAUCAAGUGUUUGUCCAUCUGAUCAUUUCCCAUUAGCAGCUCAGUUUUUGUUACGUAAAUAACUUUCAUAAUUUUCUUAUUUAUUUUCAGUCUAUUGGCCUCUUGUACAAGCUAGUUGUUUUUUGUUUUGUCUUUGCCAUGAUGCAAACUCUUCUUAUCAAUACAAGAAGAAUUGCUUUGUUUUUGUGUUCAGAGUUUGCCUCACUUCAAAUGGAAAUAUAUAAAUAACCAAAGUUUUAAACUGUAUUAGAACAUGGAAAUCAGUUUGAUUAUAGGAAAAUAAUUAGAUACAAAAAACUUCAGUAAAGAAUGCUACACUUAUUUAUUACAAGACAGAAUAUAGAUUUAUGCAUUCUGUACUCUUGUUUCAGCGAUUUAGUUAUUUUCCUGAAUAUGUCGUGUCACAGAUGACUGCCUAGUAGAUAUCAGCUUAGUAUGACACUAAGCAAAUAAAAAGUGAAAUAACAGAAAAGCUUGCAGCAAAUUUACAUAUUGCAAUGAUUUUAUCAUAUUGUUCCAUAACACAGUACAGUACAAACAGAUAUGGUUGUAAAAGUUCUUUGCAAAUGAAAACGUAGUUUCUUAAAAAUAUUUUUAUAUAUUUGUCAGUAUGUCUUACUAUAUUGAAGAUAUUAAGAAUAUCUUUUCCACUGCAGACAAAACAGCAAAAUUGUAUGAACAUAAUGCACAAUUUUAUGAUUGCUAAAAAGAAACUACAUGAGAAUUAAGGAAAAUAUCUUUAAUAUAUAACAUUGAAUAUUU